AUGGCAUCGCCUGCAAAGACAUGGCCCUCGCGGGAAGGGUUCACUGCCGAUGUGUUCGCCAAAGCCAUCCAGCGAACUCUUCUCAACCCCUGGAAGAUUGUGCCACUGUUUGCCAUGGCCCAGUACACCGUCAAGGGCCGCGAGCUUCUCACGACUCGCCCAUACGUCUGGAAGGCGCUCCGAAACCUGGCGGCACUGGCAGUACUCGGUCGCAUCGGGGCCUGGCUGGACUGUCGGGCUGUGAACAAUGGUGUAUCAGACCACUAUGACUGGAACCGAGAAGUGGUGGUCCUCACCGGCGGCAGCAACGGUAUCGGGCGCCAGGUCGCGCAGCUGCUCGGCGAGCGCGGCAUCAAGGUCGCCAUCCUCGACAUUGCGCCGCCGACAGACACCCUGCCCAACAGCUUGCGCUUCUACGAGUGCGACAUCACAUCGCCGCCUACCAUCGCCGAGGUAGCGUGCACGAUUCGCACGUCGUUCGGCCGGCCAUCCAUCCUCAUCAACAACGCCGGCAUCUGCACAGGCAAGACGAUCCUCGGCAGUAGCGAGGCCCAAACACGCCGCCUGUUCGAGGUUAACACACUGUCCCACUACUGGCUGGCGCAGGAGUUCCUGCCGGAUAUUGUCGCCGCCAACCACGGCAUGGUGGUCACUGUUGCGUCCCAGGCCGGCUACACCGUCACCCCGAACAUGGUCGACUAUUCCGCCACCAAGGCUGCUGCCAUCGCCUUCCAUGAGGGUCUCGCUGCUGAGCUGGUUACUCGCUACCAUGCCCCCCGCGUCCGUGCUGUUCUCGUUACUCAGAGCUUUACCCGCACGGCGCUCAUUAGCAACCUCACCCCCGAGGAUACCUGGCUCCAUCCACUGCUUCACCCGGAGACGGUCGCUGAGGGUAUCGUCGACCAGGUGCUCUCGGGUCAGAGUGGCUAUGUUGCUGUCCCCGGCGUGGUUGGUUGGCUUUCUCAGCGCAUUCGCGGGUUUCCGCUCUGGCUCCAGCAUCCCCUGCGCUGUCAGUUGGAGCGGCUCAUGCGUGGUUCCUAG